AACACCAUGGUAACUCUCAUCUCUAGCGAAGAUAACACCGAGAAACCAGGGAUGGGCUCUCCUUGCGGCUGCGAGGCUAAACGCAGGAAGAUGAUGGGUGUGCCACAUCCAUCGUCCUCACUGACAGCGGGCGUGGUAUCGGGCCCCAUGACGGAUGAGGAUAGGCAGGCUAUCGACAGGUUUCGACACCUGGUGAGGAUUCCUUCAAUAAGUGGCCAAGGUGUUAGUAAUGGGUCUUAUGCUGAGUGUGCUAAGCUGUUACAGCGGUGGUUGGGAGAAAUACCGGGGGUGACCAAUAUCAGGGCAAUUGAAUACGUCCCUGGUAAGCCUGUGAUCCUAGCAACGUUCCCAGGCAGUACGCCGAAGCUGAAGUCGAUCCUGCUGAAUGGUCAUUAUGAUGUCGUUCCUGUGUUCCGAGAACAUUGGAAAGUCGAUCCCUUUGAUGCAGUGGUUGAGGAUGGGAAGAUCUAUGGUCGAGGCACUCAGGAUAUGAAGUGUGUGUUGAGCGGGUAUAUCGAAGGUCUACGUCGCAUCUUCGCCGCCCAAGGGCAGCAGCAGCACCAGAGACUACGCCGUACUAUCCACAUAUCCCUCGUCCCUGACGAGGAAGUCGGCGGGGCCGAUGGUGCUAGUAAAUUUGCUUACAGUGAUGAAUUCGCGAGCCUCAACAUCGGCAUGGUUCUCGACGAGGGAUUGGCCACUCCCUCUGCUGAGAAAUACACCCUUUUCUAUGGAGAGCGUGCUACUAACUGGGUGACUUUCCGUUUGAAGGGCAACACUGGUCAUGGGAGCCGCUUCAUUGACAAUACUGCUGUUGAGAAACUGGUGACCAUAUUAUCGAGAAUCUAUGCUGUGCGCACUGAACAACGCAAGAUACUCGAUGACAGUUCAUGCGGCCCAGCGGCGGCAGCUAAGACUCUGGGGGACGUCCUCACAGUAAAUGUCACUGCACUACAGGCUGGAGUCGCCAGUAGCAGCACUAAGUCGGGCUUCGCUCUUAAUGUUAUUCCAUCGGAUGCUCUCAUAGGCGUUGACGUCAGAGUGCCACUUCAUAUAGAUCGCACUGGGAUACAGCGGAUAUUCGACGAGUGGUUGGGAGAAUACAAGGAUGAGGUUGAUAUUGAAUUCGAUAACUAUGCCGAUCAUCCUCCGCCAUUGGAGCUCACUAAUCCAUGGUUGAUGGCUUUCCGAACUGCCAUUGAGCAGGAAGUCGGUGUUGAAACGGCACUCGAGGUUUUCCCCAGCGGCACUGACAGCAGAUACUUCAGGGCGAAAGGUCUGCCGUGCUUCGGCUUUUCCCCUAUGCGUGAUACUCCAAUACUACUACACGAUCAUAACGAGUUCAUCAGUGAGAGGGCUCUCAUUGAAGGCAUUCGAGUGUACGAGAAGGUGCUCCCAGUCUUGGCCAAUCUACACCCGAUGAAGGACUGCCUAGAUCUGCCUACUGAAUGACGUUUCCCCCCGUUAGUAUGCAUAGUUUUUAAUGGUUCUAUCAAUCGGUCUUUGCCUAAAAGGCG